GGGAACCGGAGGGGAGUGGCCUGGCCGCCCGGCGGAGAUUCCGGAAAGGGCGCGGGCGGCCGCGGGGCUGCCGCACGGGGCCAUGGCCUGGGCGCCGAGCGUGGCGGGCUGGCUGGGUGGCUUCCUUCUGGUGCCAGCUCUAGGAAUGAUUCCACCCCCUGAGAAUGUCAGAAUGAAUUCAAUUAAUUUCAAGAACAUUCUACAGUGGGAAGUACCUGCUUUCCCCAAAAUGAACCUGACUUUCACAGCUCAGUAUGAAAGUUACAGGUAUUUCCAAGAUCGCUGCAAGAACACUGCCUCUACUCAGUGCGACUUCUCUAAUCUUUCUAAAUAUGGAGACUACACUGUGAGAGUCAGGGCUGAAUUUGCAGAUGAACAUUCGGAGUGGGUCAAUGUCACCUUCUGCCCCGUGGAAGACACCAUCAUUGGACCUCCUGAGAUGCAGAUAGAAUUCCUUGCUGAGUCUUUACACCUGCGUUUCUCAGCCCCACAAAUUGAGAAUGAGCCUGAGACGUGGACCUUGAAGAACAUUUAUGACUCAUGGGCUUACAGGGUGCAAUACUGGAAAAAUGGGACUAAUGAGAAGUUUCAAGUCAUGUCUCUGUACGACUCUGAGGUCCUCCGGGACCUGGAGCCAUGGACAACUUACUGCAUUCAAGUUCAAGGGUUUCUUCUCGACCAGAACAGAACAGGAGAGUGGAGUGAACCCAUCUGUGAACGGACAGGCAAUGACGAAACAACCCCUUCCUGGAUUGUGGCCAUCAUCCUCAUAGUCUCCGUCCUGGUGGUCUUCCUCUUCCUCCUGGGCUGCUUUGGCGUGCUGUGGUUCAUUUAUAAGAAGACCAAGCAUACCUUCCGUUCUGGGACGUCUCUUCCACAGCACCUGAAGGAGUUUCUGGGCCACCCCCAUCACAGCACGUUUCUGCUGUUCUCCUUCCCUCCCCCUGAGGAGGCCGAGGUGUUCGACAGACUAAGCAUCAUCAGCGAAGAGUCUAAAGGCAGCAAGCAGAGUCCUGAAGACAGCUGUGCCUCAGAGCCCCCGUCUGAUCCAGGGCCUCGGGAGCUGGGGUCCAAGGAUGAAGCUCCCUCACCUCCACACGAUGACCCCGCACUGCUCACAUCGACCUCAGAAGCAUGACCAGAGAGCCACCUGAAAAAACUCCAAAUCUAGAACUUCCUGAUGCUACACUGGUACACACAACCAAAGAGCCAGGUUUUAAACACUCUACUUGGGAAUUUGCUGCCAUAUAAAGACUAAUAAUUUAGGGACUGAGGGUGUAGCUCAGUGACUAGAGCUCUUACUUAGCACACAUGAAGUCCUAGCUUCGAUCCCCAACACCAUAUAAACCAGGGAUGGGGGUGCCUACCUAUAAGCCCAGCACUUUGGAGGUAGAGGCAGGAGGAUCAAGGUCAUCUUGAACUAUACAGGGAGUUCAAGGCCAAGCUGGACUAGAGACCCUGUCUAAGAGAGACUUUAAUAAUUAUUUUUUAUGGCCACUGAAUGUAAUUUGAGCCCUUUGUGCUCACUAAAACAAGGAUCACAUUUAACUUGUGACAAACAAAAAUAUUUUAAGUAGUGGGGGGGGGGACGUGGAAACACUAUAAAAUUAUAAGAAUGCCCAUAGACCACCCGCAUCUCAAAAGUGGUUGGCCCCGUGCUGGACAGACAUGAACAUUUUGGAUUCCCAAGGAGCAAAGAGAUUUCCUUCCUUACCUGUGUGUUUUGUAUUAAUAUUAGUGUUCUGUAAAUAUUCUAUAUUUGUAUGUUUGUGUUAGCCAACUUCCUGCUGUUGUAACGAAAUUCCUGGCAUAAACAAUUUAAAAGGAAGAAAGGAAAUUUA